UUGCGCCGGCCCUGCUGGGUCCCGCCCCUUCGCCCGCCCUCCUCCUUUUUAAGCGCCUCCUGUCUAUCCUGAGCUCCCGCUUUCUGCGCCGCGCUCCCUCUUUCCCCGCCUUCCUUGUCUCCCCAGCUCCGCUCCGUUCGCGCGGCCACCCCGCAACCCCCGCCCAGGUGCCAUGGCCGCUGUGUACCGCCCCGGCCUGCGGCUUAGAUGGCAUGGGCUGAGCCCCUGGGGCUGGCCCUCACGGCGCAGUAUCCAGACCCUGCGAGUACUGAGUGGAGACCUGGGCCAGCUGCCUGCUAGGGUUCGAGACUUCGUGGAAAACAGUGCCCGCCUGUGCCAACCAGAGACUAUCCACAUCUGUGAUGGGACCGAGGCGGAAAACACUGCCACUCUAACCCUGCUGGAACAGCAGGGACUCAUCCGAAAGCUCCCAAAGUACAACAACUGCUGGCUAGCCCGCACAGACCCCAGGGAUGUGGCACGAGUAGAGAGCAAGACGGUGAUUAUAACUCCUUCGCAACGGGACACGGUGCCCCUCCCGGCUGGCGGGGCCCGUGGGCAGCUGGGCAACUGGAUGUCCCCAGCUGAGUUCCAGCAAGCCGUGGAUGAGAGGUUUCCAGGCUGCAUGCAAGGCCGAACCAUGUAUGUGCUGCCAUUCAGCAUGGGUCCCGUGGGAUCCCCACUGUCCCGUAUCGGAGUGCAGCUCACAGACUCUGCCUACGUGGUGGCAAGCAUGCGGAUUAUGACCCGGCUGGGGACGCCCGUGCUUCAGGCCCUGGGAGAUGGCGACUUUGUCAAGUGCCUGCACUCCGUGGGCCAGCCCCUGACUGGGCAAGGGGAGCCGGUGAGCCAGUGGCCAUGCAACCCAGAGAAAACCCUGAUUGGCCACGUGCCCGACCAGCGGGAGAUCGUCUCCUUCGGCAGCGGCUAUGGUGGCAACUCCCUGCUGGGCAAGAAGUGCUUUGCCCUUCGCAUCGCCUCUCGGCUGGCCCGGGAUGAGGGCUGGCUGGCGGAGCACAUGCUGAUCCUGGGUAUCACCAACCCAGCGGGGAAGAAGCGCUAUGUGGCAGCUGCCUUCCCCAGCGCCUGUGGUAAGACAAACCUGGCCAUGAUGCGGCCGGCAUUGCCAGGCUGGAGAGUGGAGUGUGUCGGGGAUGACAUCGCCUGGAUGAGGUUUGACAGUGAUGGUCGACUCCGGGCCAUCAACCCUGAGAACGGCUUCUUUGGGGUGGCCCCUGGCACCUCAGCCACCACCAAUCCCAAUGCCAUGGCCACAAUCCAGAGUAACACCCUUUUCACCAACGUGGCUGAGACCAGCGAUGGCGGCGUAUACUGGGAGGGCAUUGACCAGCCUCUUCCACCUGGUGUCACCGUGACCUCCUGGCUGGGCAAACCCUGGAAACCUGGUGACAAGGAGCCCUGUGCACAUCCCAAUUCUCGCUUUUGUGCCCCGGCUCGCCAGUGCCCCAUCAUAGACCCAGCCUGGGAGGCCCCUGAGGGUGUCCCCAUUGACGCCAUCAUCUUUGGAGGCCGCAGACCGAAAGGAGUCCCCCUGGUAUAUGAGGCCUUCAGCUGGCGCCAUGGGGUGUUUGUGGGCAGUGCCAUGCGCUCGGAGGCCACUGCCGCGGCUGAACACAAAGGGAAGGUCAUCAUGCACGACCCAUUUGCCAUGCGGCCCUUUUUUGGCUACAACUUUGGGCACUACCUUGAACACUGGCUGAGCAUGGAGGGGCUCAAGGGGACCCGGCUGCCCCGCAUCUUCCAUGUCAACUGGUUCCGGCGCGACGAGGCAGGCCACUUCCUGUGGCCAGGCUUUGGAGAGAAUGCUCGUGUGCUAGACUGGAUCUGCCGGCGGCUCGAGGGGGAGGACAGUGCCCGAGAAACGCCCAUUGGGCUGGUGCCAAAGGAAGGUGCCUUGGAUCUCAGCGGCCUGGGAGCCAUAGACACCACCCAGCUGUUCUCGCUCCCCAAGGACUUCUGGGAACAGGAGGUUCGUGACAUUCGGAGCUACCUGACAGAGCAGGUCAACCAGGAUCUGCCCAAGGAGGUGUUGGCUGAGCUGGAGGCCCUGGAGGGACGCGUGCGCAGAAUGUGACCUGAGGCCACAGCUAGCGAG